AUGACGGGAGCAAAAGAUAGAGUCUUCAUCACUAUCAGCCAGAAUGUGUCGUUCAUUGGCAAAACCUGGUGGAUGUUGAUGCUGGUUUUACGUCUGCUCGUCCUUCUGCUCGCUGGCUUCACGCUCUUCAGCGACGAGCAGGAAAGGUUCAUCUGCAACACCAUCCAGCCAGGAUGCUCUAAUGUGUGCUUCGACCUAUUUGCUCCUGUGUCCGUCCUCCGUCUCUGGCUCUUCCACCUCAUUCUUCUCUGCCUUCCCCAUUUUAUAUUUGUAACAUAUAUAAUGCAUAAAGUUCUGUCGCGUCCCUCUUUUGGAGGUUUUUACUGCGACAGGAGCCGAGGAGGUUCACCUUUCACCCUCGACAACUCAAACUCCUCCAGAGAACUGUCGCUGCAUAAAGCCCCGCUGGAACGUGAACUGGCAGCACCGCGAUACUACUGCGCUUACUUGUUCGUAGUCAUUCUACGAAUACUCCUAGAAGCUGUUUUCAGUACCGGCCAGUUUCUUCUCUUUGGUUUGUCCGUCCCUAAGAGCUUCUUCUGUUACGAGGCUCCCUGCACAUCUGGAGUUGAAUGCUACAUCUCCAGACGUACUGAGAAAACCUUAAUGCUCAAUCUUAUGCUCGGCGUUGCCACUCUGUCCAUUCUGCUGAGUUUGGUCGACCUGGUGAGCUCGGUGAAGGCGAUGGUGAGGUGGAGGAGGAAGAAGGAGAUGCUGAUGGAGGAGAUGAGUAAAGGAGAGCGUAGCAGCAUGUUCACAGCCACAACCCUGACAGAAGAAGAUGUUAUUUUAACCAGGAGAGUCAGCAGAAGUGGAUGCUCAAAGAUGAAUAGUUUUAAAGAUGACAAACCUCCAGCUGGUCUUGGGUCAAAUGGUGAACUUCUCCACACUAAGGUGACUGGUGCACUUGAAGCAAAUGAAUCUGCUGAUGAGAAGAGCCAAGAGGGAAAAGCGGAGAUGAUCACUCCAAUGACAACUAACUACGUCCUUCAAAGCCAUUUGAGACCUCCAACAUCCCCUCGCCCAGAUAAGGGACCAUUACCAAACCCGAGAGCGGCAACACCUAUGGGUGUCAAAAAGAUGAGCCAGUGCACUGCAGCUGGCAGCAGCUCUGGACAACAGUCUGAUAGCAGCGAGUCCCAGGACAGGAGGGCGUGGGUGUGA